AUGACGUUCUCGGCGGUCGUCAAACCCAUACUCUCUCCGUCACUGUCGCUUUUCCGACUUCCUCAUCUUCCUCCUGCUCUCUCACUUCACUUUCGCAUUUUCCCCUUAUCCUCUCACUUUCCGUCUCCGCCUCCUCAAUCUUCUACUCCGGUGACGCCUCUCCUUUCCUCCCGCCGUAAUUAUAGCCGCCAUGCGUUUCUCAGUGACCAGCACCUCUCGUGCUCCAUGCCUGAGAAGCCUCUUCGUAUCGCCGUACUCCUCAGCGGCGGCGUCGAUAGCAGCGUCGCUCUCCGUCUCCUCCACGCCGCUGGCCAUUCCUGUACCGCUUUCUAUCUCAAAAUCUGGUUCCAGGAAGGCUUUGAGAAUUUCUGGAAUCAGUGCCCAUGGGAAGAUGAUCUGAAGUAUGCAAAGCAUGUUUGUGAGCAGGUUGAUGUACCCUUGGAGGUUGUGCAUUUGACAGAUGAAUAUUGGGAAAGAGUUGUGUCAUACAUUAUUGAGGAGUACCGUUGUGGGCGUACUCCAAAUCCGGAUGUACUAUGUAACACUAGAAUUAAGUUUGGUGCAUUCAUGGAUGCGAUUAGUGAUAUGGAGUAUGACUACGUAGCGUCAGGUCACUAUGCUAAAGUUGUGCAUCCUCCUGCUCACCAAAGUGAUUCAUCAUCUCUUUUGGAACUUUCACAAGACAUGUUGAAGGAUCAGACUUACUUCCUCUCACAUCUCUCUCAAACACAGCUUAAGCGACUACUGUUCCCACUUGGCUGCAUAAAGAAGGACGAAGUUCGAAAACUAGCCACAGAAUUCGAUUUGCCAAAUAAAGAUAGAAAGGAUUCACAAGGAAUAUGUUUCCUUGGAAAGAUAAAGUUCAGCGAUUUUGUGUGUAGACACAUAGGAGAGAUGGAAGGAAUUAUAUUGGAAGCUGAAUCUGGCGAUUUUCUCGGUAACCAUCGUGGCUUUUGGUUUUACACUAUUGGACAACGCCAAGGCUUGCGUUUACCAGGUGGACCCUGGUAUGUUGUUGAAAAGGACACUAAAAACAAUGUAGUGUUUGUCUCAAGAAACUACUACUCAAUAGACAAGAGAAGGCGGAUUUUCCGUGUUGGCUCUUUAAGAUGGCUUAGUGGGAAUCCUUCAGGGAAUGUUACCCAGCUCCGUUGCAAGGUCCGGCAUGGGCCUGGUUUCUACAGCUGCAGCUUUGAAAUGGAAGCAGGAGGAGGAGGAGAUGUUGCGGUUGUACACUUGGAAGAAGACGAUCAAGGUUUAGCUGCUGGACAGUUUGCAGCGUUCUACGAAGGAACCACUUGCAUCGGGUCGGGUGUGAUCCUGGAGUCAUGGGAUGAUCAGUGUUUCCCUGUCUGUGCAAAAGCACUUGAACUCGCUGCGAUGGAAGACAAGACAAAACUCGGGAAACCUGUCAAGAUCAUGACGUUGCCGGUUACGACAUCUGUUGAGGCUGAGAAAGGAGAGACCAGACAAGAAGAGAAGCUGGUGGUCAAUGCGUGA